UCUUCUUUUAAAAAAAUAAAAUAAAUUUGUUGCUAUUUUCUUUUAAUAACUUGCUUCAUCAUUCAAACAAAAAUUUAAAAAGAUGAAUUAAACAAAGCUAGGUGGGCACUCCAUUACUUUGAAAUUUGAAUUAUUUUAAGUUACCUCAAAGACUUGCUUGACACCUUUUUACACUUGAUUAAGAAAACUACUCGAUCAAGUUCACUACAUUGCAACCAUUGUUCUCUUACCUUUCUCUGAAAAUCCGAUCACUUUGCUGUUGUUGUUGAGAUCAUAUCAUGGCUGGUGCACUUGUUGGUGGAGCUUUCCUCUCUGGCUUCAUUAACGUUGUCUUUGACAGGCUCCUUACAACUGAUACUGUCAACUUGGUCUUGGGCAAGAAGCUUCGUCCGGACUUGGUUGAAAGGCUGAAGACUGCUCUGUUGGGUGCUGAAGCUCUUGUUGCUGAUGCUGAGAUGAAGCAGUUCGGCAAUCCAUUGGUGAGGAAGUGGCUCGAUAGUCUCCGGGAUGCUGUUUACUGUGCUGACGACUUGCUCGACUCUGUCCUCAUCAAAGCUAAAACUGGAAAAAAGGUACGGUCUUCCUGGUCCAUUAGCUUCUUCAAGGACCGGCAUAGGGAGAUGGUGGAUAGGAUGGAAGAGGUGGUUACAAGAAUAGAGCAUCUUGGAAACCAAAAAGAUUCUCUUGGUCUUGGAAAGAUUCCCACUGGUAGCUCAUCAUGGAGGACUCCAUCCAGUUCUCUUGUAAAAGGGAAUGUGUAUGGCAGGGAAGAUGACAAGAAGGCCUUAGUCCAGAUGUUGAAUGACAACAAUAAGGAUCAAUUGUCUGUGAUCGCUAUUGUUGGCAUAGGUGGGGUUGGUAAAACAACAUUAGCCCAAUCGGUGUACAACAAUGAGGAAGAGUUCAUGAAGGGAUUUGAUCUGAAAGCAUGGGUUUGUGUUUCAGAAAAUUUUGAUGUUGCUGAGACUACAAAGAAUGUUAUAAAGGAGAUCUCUCCAGGUACUAAAGAUCUUGAGCACUUCAAUUCACUUCACCAUACUUUGAAAGAAAAAUUGUUGAACAAGAAAUUCUUCAUUGUUCUGGAUGAUGUUUGGAGUGAUGAUGGUGACAAAUGGAGUAAUUUUAUGACCCCUUUCCAAUAUGGGAAGAAGGGAAGUAUUGUUCUUCUAACUACUCGCGGGGAAAAUGUUGCUUUAGCAGUUCAGAACUGUCGCCCUUAUUUUCUCGGAGGGUUGUCAGAACACUAUUGUUGGUCAGUGUUUGCAGACAAUGCGUCUUUUCCACAAUCAAAUGGAAGUGCAGAACUUGAAGUCAUUGGCAGAGAGAUUGUCAAGAAGUGUAGUGGCUUGCCAUUAGCUGCAGAAACACUUGGACGCUUGUUACGUACAAAGCAUGAUGUUCAGGAAUGGAAAGAUAUACUGACGAGUAAUAUUUGGGAAUUUUCUGUGGAGAAGAGUAAGAUAAUUCCAGCAUUACUCAUUAGUUACUUCUAUCUCCCUGCACAUUUAAAGCGUUGUUUUGUGUAUUGUUCUUUGUUUCCCAAAGAUUAUAAUUUUAAGAAAGAUGGAUUAAUCCUUCUGUGGAUGGCAGAAGAUCUUUUACCACCCUCAAAGGGAAGAAAGAGUUUAGAAGAAGUUGGUUGUGAGUGUUUUGAUGAACUUACUUCCAGAUUAUUUUUCACAAAGAUUCAUUAUCAUGGUGAUUAUUUUGUGAUGCAUGAUCUCUUGCAUGACUUAGCAAUAUUUCUUGCUGGAGAUUUCUAUUGCAACUCAGAAGAACUUGGUGAAGAGGAGAUCAGCAAUCAGACUCGACAUUUGUGCGUAAAUAUAAGUCGUUGUAGCCCAAAACUUUAUAAUUCUAUUUCUAAAGUAGAAUCUUUAAGGACAUUGUUGCUUAUUGAAGAUUUCUGCUCUUCUAAGAACACCGAUGAUAUGGCAACACAUGAAAUAUUAUCUAAGUGUAAAUACUUGAGAGUUUUAUCCCUUGAAAGACUUGAUGUGUUGCCUGAUUCAAUGGGAAAAUUGAUCCAUCUGCGCUACCUCACUCUCUCUCAUUAUCAUAGUAAGAAGUUGCCAGAGUCUUUGUGCAAUUUGCGUGUUUUGCAAACAUUGCGGUUGCAUUGUUGUUUACUAUCUGCAUUGCCUAGUGGUUUGCAUCAUCUUGUGAGUUUGCGGCAUCUUGUUAUUACAAAAACUUCUCUGCAAAAAAUGCCUGGAAAACUGAGCAAGUUGAAUCAAUUGCAAACUUUAAAUUACUUUGUCGUCAGCAAGCAUAAACACAAUGGAAUCCAACAGUUAGGAGGGCUUCCAAAUCUUCAUGGAUCACUUGAGAUUAAGAAGUUGGAGAAUAUUGUUGAUGUGAAAGAGGCAGAGAGCGCAAAGAUAUCGGAUAAGCACAUUGAUGAAUUAAGCUUGGAAUGGUUUCCAGGUGCUGAUAUGGUUUCAAACACACAAACAGAAAGAGACAUCCUCGUUAACUUGCAACCGCACUAUGAAUUGAAAGAGUUGAGAAUCAAUAGAUACAAGGGUACAAUAUUUCCAGAUUGGUUGGGGAACUGUUCCUACAAGUAUAUGACAAGUAUUACUCUAGAGUAUUGCAUGAAUUGCUGCAUGCUGCCUUCACUUGGACAACUGCCACAUCUCAAGUCUCUAAGGAUUAGUAGUUUACAUAAGCUGGAGAGUGUUGGCAAGGAGUUUUACAAGAGUGAAAGCGAUCAUCAUUCUUUGCCAUAUGCACCAUUUCCCUCACUGGAGACAUUGAAAUUUUAUAACAUGCCAUCCUUGAAGGUGUGGCACAUAUCUGACUCUGAAGAUUUUCCUCCACUCAGGGAGCUUGUAAUAAGCAACUGUCCAAUGUUAGAGGGAGAGAUGCUUCAUCAGGUAUUCUUGAGAACCCUUUCUUCUUUGUCAGAUGUUUCCAAAACUCGACAACUAGAGAUACUGGGAGAGGGAGAUGAGUUCUACAGUUAUUAUGGCAAUGGUUUAUCAAUUAGCGGAACUGAAUCCGUGAAGUCUGCACUUAAGGCAAUAUGCAUCGACCGUCAAACUUGUCUCCAAGAAAUAAAAAUCUCUGGGUGUUCAUUUGCUAUAUCCUUUCCGGGCAAUUGUUUACCCAAAUCUCUGAAAUGGCUGGCAGCCAUCAACUGCAGCAAACUGGAAUUCCCCGAGCAACAGCAGCAGAAAUGUGACUUGGUGGAGCUAUACAUUAGUAGCAGCUGCGAUUCACUGACUUCGUUGUCGUUGGAUGCCUUUCCCAAUCUCAAGACUCUCACUUUACUCGAGUGUAAAAAUCUUGAAUCAGUAUCAAUGUCAGAGCCAUCACAUGCUGCUCUUCAAAGUCUCACCAUCCAAGGAUGCCGCAAUUUUGUGUCAUUACCAAGAGAAGAACUGGCUGCUCUUCAAAGUCUCACCAUCCAUCACUGCAACUCAUUUGUGUCAUUUCCAAGAGAAGGACUGGUUGCUCUUCAAAGUCUCACCAUCCAUCACUGCAACUCAUUUGUGUCAUUUCCAAGAGAAGGACUGGUUGCUCUUCAAAGUCUCACCAUCAGUCAAUGCGACUCAUUUGUGUCAUUUCCAAGGCAAGAACUGGUUGCUCUUCAAAGUCUUCAAAGUCUCAUCAUCAGUCAAUGCAACUCAUUUGUGUCAUUUCCAAGGCAAAAACUGGUUGCUCUUCAAAGUCUCACCAUCCAUCACUGCAACUCAUUUGUGUCAUUUCCAAAAGAAGGACUGGCUGCACCGAACUUGACAAAUCUCGAUGUCCAAUACUGCUACAAGUUAGGGGCAUUGCCGUAUCAAAUGAAUGCUCUUCUCCCCAAAUUACACUCUCUCUACGUGCAUUGUAUCCCGAUUCUAGAGGGGGGUUUUCCACCAAACUUGAAAGAGCUUGCUAUCGGGGGACCAUGGAGGACUCUAUCGUCGAUCAGCAACUUGGACGCCCUCACUCAUCUCACCAUGUAUGGAGAUAAAUAUGAGAGCACAAAGCCAUUUCCAGACGUGGGUUCACUGCAUCACCUUCCCUCCCUUACUACUCUGUAUCUCAGGGGUUUUCAGCAACUGGAGACGUUGGAGUCCAACCAGCUUCUCCACCUCACCUCCCUCCAGCAUUUACACAUUAUAUACGCUCCGAAGUUGAAGAAUAUAGCAGGAGAAAAGCUGCCUUCUUCUCUCCUACUACUUGAAAUUAAAAAUUGUCGUUUCCUGGGAGAAUACUGCAAGAACAAGCAUCAACAGAUUUGGCCCAAAAUUUCCCACAUUCCCACCAUUCUAGUUAAUGGCCAACAAGUUUUUUGAAUACAGAUUUCUGAGCAGGUUGGAGAAUAUUGCCGGAGAAAAGAUGGUGAUGGAUCUGCUUUCUUUAUGGAUUCAACCAUUAAAAUGUGCAUUAGGCAGCUUCUAUGGCAAUUGCAACUUGGUCGGCAUGUAAAUACUUUUUGUAAAAUUUUCCAUUGGGAUAUUGCUAUUUUGAAGUCAAUUUUUUUUCAAGCUGAACUUGUCCCUACCAAUUCUGUUUUUGAAGCUAAAAUAAAAUGCAACAAUGUUGAGCACAUCAUCGCGUAUUUAUCAGCAGGUUUUGAUAAUUUUCUUUUGUCCGAGGCCCAAGCAAACACUUUUUGGAGUGUCUCUCUCUAUGUUCCUUUUAGUGUGUUAACCUCAUCAAGUGAAAAAUCGGAUGGUCAAAUGUUUUCUUGUUUGAAUGGAGAUUCUUCACUCAUAGUUCUUCAAUUUGGAGGUGUGGUUGUGAUCUGAGCUCUCAAGUAGGACUGGCAGAAAGUCUGUAAACAAGCAUCAUUGAUUUCAUUUUGUUGAUGUGUUUGUGCCCUUGUGCAUGUAUGAUUAUUAGUGCUUGUAAGUUGUGAGACAUCUUUGUAACUUUCAUUUGGAUAAGACUUUGGUGUUCUA